AAAGAUACAUAAUUAUGUCAAAAAUAUAAAUGUCAAUUUUAAUCUUAAAAAUUAUUAGUUAAAUUUAAUAAUAAAUUUUUUAUUGUAAAUAUGAACAAAAGAGAUGAUUGUUUUUGUGAAAAAUCUAAUCGAUAUAAACAAAAUAAUCCUGCAGUGCUUACAUCAACAAUAAUUCCUCGUUCAACAGUAAAUGCAGAUGAUAUCGAUAUAGAUGCUAUAGAAGAGGUUAAAGAUGAAUUUUGUAAUCCUGAUUCUCCGAUAAUAGUCCCAUUUGAAGCUGUUAAAAAAGCUGCAGAAGCCAUAAAGGACGGAAUAAUACGAACACCCUUUGCGAAAUCGUAUCAUUUAUCGAAAAUGUUUGGUAUGGAAAUAUAUUUAAAGUAUGAUUUUAAACAAAUUACGGGAAGCUUUAAAGAUAGAGGAGCACGAUAUGCUUGUCUUAAUCUAACAGACGAACAGAAAAAAAAUGGAGUUAUUACAGCUUCUGCGGGAAACCAUGCCCAGUCUAUGUCAUACCAUGCAACUUCUUUGGGUAUACCUGUCACAGUUGUUAUGCCUAUUAUUUCCCCCAUCAUGAAGAUCACAAAGUGUAGAGACUUUGGUGCCAACGUUAUACUAAAAGGGAAACAUUAUGGAGAAUCUAAAAAAGUUGCUCUUUACUUGGCAAAAAAACAUAAUAUGUGUUUUAUAAGCGGUUGCGAUCAUCCUAAUGCCAUUGCUGGACAAGGUUCUGUUGGUUUAGAGAUAUUAGAAGAUUUGCCAGAUGUUGACGUAAUUAUAGCACCUACAGGUGGGGCUGGUCUGUUGUCAGGAGUAUGUGUAGCUGCUAAAGGGAUAAAUCCAAAUAUAAAAAUAAUUUCAGUAGAAGCAGAGCGUGCAUCUAGCUUUAAAAAUGCCAUGGAUCAGGGCAAACCUGUGGAAACACAAAUACUACCCUCACUCGCUGAUGGACUAUCAGUACCUUGUGUAGGAUAUAAUGCGUUCGCUACAGCUCGAAACCAUGUAGAAAAAGUCGUUACCUUGAAAGAAAACUGUAUAGCUCUUGGAAUCCUGAGACUUGUAGAGUUGGAGAAGGUAGUCGUCGAAGGUUCGGGAUCCACGGGAGUAGCAGCCAUAUUAGGGGGGCACUUGGAUGAAUAUAAGGGCAAAAAAGUUGCCAUUAUUCUCUCUGGUGGAAACAUCGAUACAUCAGUGUUAGGUAGGGUUCUGGAACGAGGUCUUGCAGCAGACGGAAGAUUUAUAAAAGUAAAAGUAAUUGUUAGAGACAGAGCAGGUGGCGUAUCUGAGCUUUUGACUCAUAUUAGUGAUAAUGGAGUUAGCAUUAAGCAUGUUUUGCAUGAAAGAGCUUGGGUUACUUCAGAUGUGUAUAGUGUUUUGGUAAAAUGCAUACUUGAAACGAGGGAUUAUCAACAUAGUUUGGAACUAAAGGAAGCUUUACUAAAGAAGUAUGCUUCAGUAGAAUUUGUGGACUUUCCUACGGCACCGCCAGGAACUGUUCCCUGCUAAACUACUUAUUUUUAUUAUUUUCUAACUUAUCACUAUCCUCAUUUUUAAUUAAGAUAUUUUUGUUAGAGUUUUCAUAGAAAACGAUAAAUU